ACAGACCCAGACCGGACUGGUCUACGCUUUCGUUGUUGUUGACAACUGCCACCAGUACCCGGCCCGGCGCCGAGGUUGGACGUUGGACGUUUGCACGUUUCUGACGCAGCUCCCGCCCAGUUGUUGUGCCCUUUCCCGCUGCAGUGAUAGAAAGUCUGUGACAGUGUCUCUAAAGAUAGCGACCGGCCAGCUUGCCGGCUCCUACAUUAUAUAACUUCAAUUACAAGACUGGACGCGGCGGCACUCGACAGACGUACCUCAUAAACGCAGCACCAUGGCGACGACACCGGAGAGGACGCUGUGGCGGUGGCUCUGCCUCAUCGCGGUGGUGCUGUGUCUCGGUGCACCCGGCGCCACGCCGCGCGGCGCCGAGGCCGCCCGCAUCCUGGUGGUCAUCUCCAUGCCCGCGCCCAGCCACCUCAUCGUGUUCACGGGGCUGUCGAGGGCGCUGGCGGAGCGCGGCCACGAGAUCACGUUCGUCACACCCACCGAGAAGGACAACAAGCUGCUGCCCACCAAGAACCACGUCAUCGUCUCGGUGCAGGACGCCGAGGUCGAGGCCUACAAGAAAAAAAGCGUGAUCAAGUUCCUGACCAACAAGAACAACUUCUUCGUGGACUUUUUCGGUUUUAUAAGCUGGGGGCCUCAGCUGCUUAGGGCGACCCUGAAGCACCCAGCGUUCAAGGCCGAGAUCAACAAGCCGGGACAGAAGUUCGACGUCGUCAUCACCGAGGCCUUCUUCCUGCAGGAGGCCAUGGUGGCCUUGGGACACAAGUUCAACGCCCCCGUCGUGGCGCUAAAUCCAUUCGGACUGUCUCCGAUGGUCAACGAAAUCAUGGGCAACCCCAUGAACCCGUCCUGGCAGCCCAACGCCUUCCUGGGCUUCACGGACGACAUGGACUUCAAGGAGAGGCUGCUCAACACUCUGUCGUCCACGUUCAUGCGCACCCUCUACCUGAUGUACCAGCUGCCCCUCCAGCAGGAGGUGGUGACGGAGUUCUUCCCUGACGCGCCUCCCCUCACGGACUUGCUGUACGACAAGCUGGCCCUCACCUUGAUCAACAACCACUUCUCGCUGUCGUCGCCGGUCCCUAUGGUGCCGGGCGUCGUGGAGAUCGGCGGCAUGCACAUCCCGGACAAGGCCAGGCCCCUGCCCAAGGACCUGCAGACCUACAUGGACGAGGCCAAGGAGGGCGUGGUGUACUUCAGCAUGGGCUCCAACCUCAUCAUGGAGUACGUGCCCGCGGAGAAGACGACGGCCAUCUUCAACGCGCUGGGCGCCCUCAAGCAGCGCGUCCUCAUGAAAUGGGACGGCCCCGCGCCCGCCAACGCGUCCGCCAACAUCCGCAUCGUCAAGUGGGCGCCGCAGGCCGACAUCCUGGCUCACCCAAACCUGCGCCUGUUCGUGACCCACGGCGGCCUGCUCAGCACACAAGAGUCCGUGUACAACUCGGUGCCUCUGGUGGGCAUUCCCACCUUCGCCGACCAGGAGUUCAACAUGAAGAGCGCCUUCAACAAGGGCUUCUGCGAGUACGUCAGCUACACGGACUUGUCGGAGGAGAAACUCGGCGCAGCGAUUGCCAAAGUCCUCGCUAGUCCCAGUUACAGGGAAGCGGCGGCGCGCCUGUCGCGGCUGUUCCGCUCCAAGCCCAUGAGGCCCGCCGACCUGGCCGUGUUUUGGGUGGAGCACGUGAUCCAACACGGCGGCAAGCACCUCCGCUCGGCGUCCGUGCGCCUCAAGCUGUACCAGGUGCUGCUGCUGGACGUGCUGGCCGUGGUGCUGGCCCCCCUGGUGCUGCUGGCUCUGCUGCUGCGCGCCCUGUGCCGGUGCUGCUGCGGCCGCAAGGCCGCCGUCGUGGACAAGGAGGACAAGAAGCUGCGCAGCAAGAAGAACAAGUGAUCGACGCGCUGUGCUCGUCAACUCUGAGUGUUUGUGUGUGUGUGUGUGUGUGUGUGCGUGCGUGUGCGAGAGUAGAGCGAAAUCGAUGCGUGUUCCUAGUUGUUAAAAUAAAUAUUUCCGCCACUUUGAGAAGAGACAUUGAACGGGUCGAAACUUUGUAUACGAUUACUCAAGAAUGAAAAGUGUAAGUCUUGAACCAAUAAUUCUAGCUACAACUUGUUCCACAAAGUUAUUCAUGUUCCAUGUUAGUGUAUUUUACAAGUACAAACUCACUUUUAUAAUUUUUUUACAUUGACUGAUAUUGCCGUACCCGGAAAGAGGAGAAAUAAUCAAAGGAGUCGGGUACAAAACAGUAUUUUUUAACUGCAGGAGAUUUUCGUGUUCACGAGGCUCCUUUUUUUUGUUAAUAAAAGAUCGUAAAGGUGA